UCGCCAACCGUCUCUAUUGAGCUUUAUUCUGAAGGCAACACACAUUCCACUUCCUGUACCCUUGUAGCUAGCUCUGGCUAGCUUGCUGCUAGCUCCGUGCAGUGGGACGACGCUUUCCUGCCAGUCCGUCCAAUCAGAGUCUAGUGACAGAGUGGAAGUUGGUGACUAUGUCCUCAUACAAAAAACCCACUGGUCAAGCCAAAGUUGUGGCGUGGAGAUUCAGCGACGAAACCGACAACUCCAGCUCCAGCUCCAACUCAAGUUUCUGCUAGCUAACGCUACGAAGACUUUUUUCGUUUUUACGACUCACAAAAAAAACGUCCCGUCUAAUGUUCCCCGGCGGUUGGAGGUGACCCGGACGAGGGGGCGACACGGUAAAAUAACAUGGCAUCUUACCUUCGUGUCGGGCUCGGCUAUGUGUGUCACACGCUGCCGUGCUCCUGACCCGACGACACAGACUGCAGCUCCGUGGGGUAUUUCUAGCCUGCCACGCAGGCAGUAACCACUUCCCCAAAGGAAAAGUAAACUUCGCCUACAACGUACAAGUGAACCCCGCGCUGUGACACUUUGACACUUUUUUAUUUUGCCACCUGAAAAAGUCCUUUUUUUUCUUCUUUUUUGAUGGGGAUGAUGAUGAAGGCCAGGAGAUACUUGAGAGGAAGUGGCAGGGUCCUCGUCUUCGUCCUCGUCGCCUCCGUCGUUUGGCUCCUGUUUGACAUGGCCGCCCUCCGUCUGUCAAUGAACGACGUCACCGGCCAGCUGCUGAAGGAGCGCGUGAUCAGGGACCAGCAGCUCAUCAGGCAGCAGUCCCGCGCGACGCGGGCGGGGAGACGCGGGUUCAAACACCCGGAGCAGAGGAUGGACCCCGCCGCCACGCGCGCCGCGAAGGGACCGCUCGGUUCGCACCUCGAAUUGGCUCACGUGUACAGACACGGAGGCCAGAAAGAGGAUGCAAACAUUCACAAUCUUCAUCUUCCCGAAGGAGACCCCCAACAUAAAGGAGAAGCUGCCCAGCGAAAUGUCCCACCAAAGCGGGAUGACCCCCCCAAGAAGGAAGCGGUAAACCUGGACAUGAAUGCGAUGGAAUCGGAGAAGAUCCGGGGGAGCGAUGGCUCGGUUAAAGUGACGUUACCUGUGGCACGGCCCGAUAAUAUUAAGGACGCUGCACCGAUAGUUACGCACACUAGUGAGCCAAAGACCAACAAAAAAGACCCGAGUGGCCUCAAGGCCGAGAGCGGAACAGACGCGAGCCCGCUUCCGGCCGGGGAGGCGAGCGAAAGGAGAGGAGAGGAUGCUCGCAAUAAAACUUUGGAGAAACCCGUUGGGUCGAUCGGCCAGGGCGACCCGAAGGACACCCCGGGGCCCUCCAUCGAGUCCCGAGCACGACAAGCGGGUGUCCACCAGGUGCUCUCCCUGGAUCUGACCAUCGCUCCCAGGGACGCCCGCGCCGCGGGCCAGUUCGGCCAGCCGGCCCUCGUCGCCAACAACGAAAAGGCCGAGGUGAAGAAGAGAUGGGACGAGGGGCACUUCAAUGUGUUCCUGAGCGACAGGAUCCCGGUGGACCGCGCCAUCCCGGACACCAGGCCCGAGACGUGUGCGCAGAAACUGGUCCACGACGACUUGCCGUCCACCAGCGUGAUCUUCUGCUUCGUGGACGAGGUGUGGUCGACGCUCCUGCGCUCCGUCCACAGCGUCCUCAACAGGUCUCCGGCGCACCUCCUCACAGAGAUCAUUCUGGUGGAUGACUUCAGCACCAAAGACUAUCUGAAAGAGCAGCUGGAUACGUACAUGUCCCAGUUUCCCAAAGUGCGGAUCAUUCACCUGAAGGAGCGACAGGGCCUCAUCAGGGCCCGGCUGGCCGGAGCUGCUGUAGCCAAAGGUGAGGUCCUCACCUUCCUCGACUCGCACAUCGAAUGCAACCUGGGCUGGCUGGAGCCGCUGCUGGAGAGAGUCUAUCUGGAUCGCAAGAAGGUGCCCUGUCCGGUUAUUGAAGUGAUCAGUGAUAAGGACAUGAGUUAUAUGCUGGUGGACAACUUCCAGAGAGGUAUUUUCAAAUGGCCUUUGGUGUUUGGCUGGAGUGGGUUACCAGAAGAUCACAUUAAGAAGAAUAACCUGACCAUCUCAGAUCCCAUCAGAUGUCCGGUUAUGGCUGGAGGCCUUUUCUCCAUCGACAAAAAAUAUUUCUAUGAGCUCGGUGCUUAUGAUCCAGGCCUGGACGUGUGGGGCGGGGAGAACAUGGAGAUUUCCUUCAAGAUCUGGAUGUGCGGAGGGGAGAUCGAGAUCAUCCCCUGCUCCCGAGUGGGACACAUCUUCCGAGGACAGAAUCCUUACAAGUUCCCCAAAGACCGGCAGAGGACCGUGGAGAGGAACCUGGCGAGGGUGGCGGAGGUCUGGCUGGACGAGUACAAGGACCUCUUCUACGGCAACGGCUACCACCACCUGCUGGACAAAAAGAACAUCGACAUCGGCAACCUCACCGAGCAGAUCGAGCUGAGGGAGAGGCUCAAAUGCAAGAGCUUCAAGUGGUACCUGGAUAACGUGUAUCCCGAUAUGAAGGCUCCCCUGGUCAAAGCGGAGGGUCUGGUCUUUAACCACGGCUUGAGGAAAUGCCUCACCCUGCAGCACGGCGUUCUGUUCUUCGACCAAUGUGACAUCAGCAGCAAGAGUCAGCACUUUAAUUACACCUGGAUGAGACACGUUCGCCAGCAAGAUCUAUGUGUCUCCCCCAACGGCAAGGCCAGCGGCAUUGCUUUACAAGAAUGUGACCACGCCAAUCCUGCACAUAACUGGUUCCACAAAUCAUCCAACUCCGCUCUGGCGGACCACCUCAUAUCAGAGUUUGUGUCCAGCCACAUGUGCCUGGAGGCGGGGCCUCAGGGGGACAGCCUGCACCUGAAUCCAUGUGAAAGCAGAAACGCCUUCCAAAAGUGGGAGUUCACACACUACCACGCUCUGUGAUGAGACUGAAACGGGUCAAACGGAUACUACAGAGACGUGAGCUCGGCGUGUGGUCCGGACGCAGCACACGCCUGACCAGAGGAGGCGGGAAGCACUUUGUUGUGUGUGUGUGUGUGUGUGUGUGCGCGUGUGCGUGUGUAUACAGCAGAGGGUGUGGGAAUGUGCAAUGUUCCUAAUUCCCUUUUUGGAUUAUAUCGCCAUGGAUCGACUUUGAGUCGUACCUGAGGACAGUGUGCAUCUUCUCUCUGUUCUGGAGGGGUUGAGGUGACUGGAAAAACACUCCUUUUUGAGCACAGCAUAUAAUCUCACUACCAAAGAUAAAACAUUGACUUGAUUUGAGAUGGAAUAAAAGGGGUUUUCUUUUUGUGUUUAGUCUGCUCGGGCUGAUUUAAUCAUGUACAAUGUAUUAGUAUCAAACAUAUCACUCAAUUCCUGUGAGACAUUGUCUAAAUGUCAUUUUCUUUUAUGUUUAACGCACAUGGUUGUAAAAGGCUGCUUUUGGGGUUUUAAGCAUUAUUUUGGUGUGUUUUUUUCAUCUUUUUUUCCACUGUUUCUUUUGUUUAAAUGUAUUUUUGUCACUAGAGGGAAGUGUUGUUCAGAACAAGCAUUGAACCUCUGCUGUGAUUUUGUGACAAAGCCCCUCACCACUUACUGACAGAAAUGGAUUUCAUUAAGAACUUGAUAAUAAAAUGGAGAUGAGAAUUGAA